UGAAUAAUAACGCUUUGCUCUAAUAACCGAAUUUUUCGACAAUAUAAAAGUUUUCCUGGAAAUUAUAUUUUGGCUGCGCAUAUCUGGAAUACAUUUCUUGGCAAGACUCGUUAUUUCUAAGGUUUCCGUGUAAAAUUAGCGAUGGCAUUUGUAUCUCAUUAAUUAAGCAUGUAGUUUUUUGUGCGCCAAGAAAUUUAAUUUUUUCUUGAAGGGGAUUAUGUAAUUAUCGACAGAUAUAUGUAGAUAAGUAUCUUUUAUGCGUAACAUGUAUUUCUGCGUAGCAAUUAAACAUGUACAUGCACACAAUAUACAGACAACUAUCCAUUCCAUACAAAAGUAACUCGGGAAUUAAAAAAAAGGCAUUUAAAAACGCGGCGUGGUUCGAGCAUUCCAGCCGCAACAACGCCGCGUGCGAGUUGCUGUACCGACGGAAGCUGCUGUACCGUCGGUUUUUAAACGGUUUUCGAAUUUCUAACGAGAAGCACGCCGAAAAGUGCGAAAUCAGCUGUUUAGCCACGAUGAACCUUACGUUGCGCUAAGAGUUUUUACUUUGACUGACUGAGACAAAGUAUCAGAACAAGUGAGUAAGAAAGAGAAAACGCCAGAUUGACGUCUACGAAAGAAAACAUGAGCAUUACCGGCAAGCAGCUUUACGACAAGGUUCGCGGGCUGCGACCGGACCUGUCAUCGGGGAUCACGUCGGAGAUCUUGAGCAAGGCUUGCGACGACCCGAGCGUGCAACCUUUCCUGAAAUGGUUCUGCAAGAACGUCAGCGACGCCAACAUCCUCUCUGACGAAGAGAUUAAAUUAAAGAAUGCAGCACAUGAGGCGGGCGAGUGGUUGGAAGGUGAAGCGCUGGAUGCUGCGUUGGAGGAAGCCACCAAAGACUGCCCGGAUCUGCUGCGACUUGUUGACAGCUUGGACGACAAAGAAGAUUUACUCGCCGAGUACGAAGAGCUACAGGAAAGCUGCAGGGAAGAUGAGGAGUAUCUUCACUUGUUGAAGCACAGUAUGAAGAAUCUAAAGGAAGUUGAGAAUAAACUGGACGAUGAUAUCGAGGAAGCGGAAACCAUGCUGGACAGGGAACGUAUCGAGACAGAGAAAGCCUACGACGACUGCAGCAUGAUUCUGAAAGAAUUUGACAGGGACAACUGUCAGUUCUCUAAGGAUGUCGAGAUUCUUCUGAACGUAUAUGCGAACGCUUUCAAAAAUCAAGGCAAUGCAAUUUUGUGGUCACAGAUGCCCACGGAUUUGUUUGUCAAGCAAGUAGAGCUUUAUAAUCAUUACCUGGAAAUUCACGUGAGGAAACAGUUCGGGAAUGCCAACAAGGAGGAGCAGAACGAAGAUUCAGACUACACGUCUCUGAUGAACGACAGUAGGGAGAAACAAGUUCACGAGAAGAUGCACGAGUUAGCUCUAUGCAAGGCAAAUUUAACGGAUUCCAAAGUACAAGAAAUCAGCGCUGCUAGUCGAGAGGAAUCUCUGGUGGUGAUGUUGCAGUGCGUGCAGGAUAUUUAUAACGACGGAAGCUUGAAGGUACCGAAGGACAUUCAAUUGCAAGAUGAGAUGCGCGCGUUGCGCAUGAAGAGGGACUUCUUGGAGCAGAGCGUCGAGGUCCUGCGGGACCAACAGAUCCCGGAGGUAACGCACUUCGCGGAGAUGGAGAUACUGAGGAUCCUGAAGAACGACGCGCUCGCCCGGCUCGAACGGAGGAAGGCUCGGCUCGAGAAACUCAAGACCUUGUUCUCGCUCGCGGGGAAACACGGACACGUGCACGUGGAUCUGCUGUGCGUGUUGAUGGAGAUGCAACGCCGCUGCCUGCACGAGAUUGUCGAAUUCGUCGCCGACGCUCGACAUUACAUCGCCACAGAGUACAAGCUCUCCUCCACGAGAUGCCAAAUCAUGCAGCAACUGCAGGACGAGUAUGCGACCCUCGUAACGCGAUCUCCGGACACUCACGUGUUUAAUCAAAUAUUCGUCGCCAUGAUGCUCGGCAGCGAUCCCUUGGAUGGGUCGCUCUCUUCCGCAUUGAAAAAAUACGACGACCUGCUGGCCGAUAAUGCAGAAAAGAAGAAAUCAAUACUGGAAACGUAUCUGAAUAACAAAGUCGGCGAAUUAAAGAGACUGGAGAAUGAAGCCGACAAGGAUUACUUGGCCGAGAUACAAACUGGACCAACGAUUAGCCUCAAGCCAAUCUCGUAUGAGAUAAGCAGCAAGUGCGAGGAGAUAUCCGCCCUCGUUCGUGAGUUACAAGACGAUAUAACGAGGAUCAGGAGUCAGUUCAAGGAACGAAUGAGGAUGGAUGCCAAUCUGGAACGUGAGAAGGACAUACUGUGGCAGAGAUUCUUGGCAGAUCCGGACACGUUACGAACAAAAUACGAGGAAGCGAAACAGAAAGCGAAUGAGUCUCACUUCGGAGAUUCGUCGGAAGGUAAGCCGAGCUCGUGAGCCUGGGACAAAAUAUCAAAUAUAAAAAUAUUAUAUCUAACGUAUCGCUAUUGUUGUACAAACGUUGCGUAGAUUUCAGCGGAGGCUUCGACUUUCGCGUUUUUUGUAUUUUUGAUAAUUAAAAUGAUAGACCAAUCUAA